CUACUGUCAUUUAGCCUCACAAACAAAAGGCUACACGAAUCUUAUUUCUCUUUCUCUCUCUCCCUUGUUUCCUCCUUUUAGAUGGAAUGAUGGAUCCAUGCUUGUAGAAGUUUAAAUUUUGAUCAAUAAUUAAAUUAAAAAGUUUUGAAGAAGAAGAAGAGACAAGAUAUGGAAGUGAACAAGAGGAUAAUGGUCAAUGGAGGCAUGAAGUUACCAGUUGGAUAUAGAUUUCACCCAACAGAACAGGAGCUUAUCCUUCAUUACUUGCUUCCAAAGGCCAUUGCUUCUCCUUUGCCUUCCUCCAUCAUCCCUGUCUUUGAUGUCUUCUUCUCUCAUCCUCUCACUUUCCCAGGGGAUCAAGAGGAGAGGCAGAGGUACUUCUUUUGCAAGAAGAGACAAGAAGUCUCAAGAAAUGAGCAUAGAAUCAAGAUUUCAUCUGGUAAUGGUUAUUGGAAACCUAUUAAGAAAGAAAGAGAAGUCAUUGCUUGUGGUAGAACAGUUGGGAUUAGAAGAACACUUGUUUUCCAUGGAACAAAUAACUCUUCUAUUAGUUGCAACAAAACCAGAUGGUGCAUGACAGAGUAUUCCCUUUCCGGAUUUGCAUCAACUAAGGUGUUUGGAGAAUGGGCAGUGUACAAAGUGUAUAAGAGGAAAGAAUCAAAAGGAAGAAGAAGACAGAGGAAAUCAAGAGUGAGAGAUGCUGAAGAAGAAGAAGACUUUACUAUUGGGUCCAAUCAUGAAAUUGGUCCUCCACCGCCUUCUCCUCCUACCUCAGCUGAUGAGUCAGGGAGCAUUAUUUAAACGUUGCUUCUUAACCCUAACCUACUCCACUUACGUUUCUGUCACGUAUUGAUUCAUAUGUUAGAGAAACAAGUUAAAGGAGGCUAGAGGGUGGUCAAUUUUUAUCAGAAAGUGUUGUGUGAGUGGAGAUUUGUUGAACAAACCAAACAUAUGUCAAACUUGUUAACUUUUACAUGAAGUUCUUUUAACAAUAUCAGAGUUAAAAGUGACAUAGCCGUGUAAGAGGAAGCAAAGUUAAAUUUAAAGAAAAAGAUGUAUUCUUGGAUGAGAACUUGAUUCCCUUUCUUUUCAUAUAGAAUAAGAAUAUAUAUACUUAUUUUAUUAU